GUAUAUGGGAAGAACAAUUUUUCACAAUGGCUGUUUGAAAAUUGAACUUAUCGUAUUAUAUUACUAUAAGUCGUACAAUUGCUGGAAUAUAGAAUUUAUGAUGUCAUCUGGGAGAGAGAUGUUGCAGCAAUUUCAGUGUAAUUUCUGUAGUCGAGUCCUUUCAUCCAACUCUUCACUUCAGAGGCACCUGAAAACUUGCCAGUUCAAAACUUUAUCGUUUCAAGAAAAUUCAGGUCCUAAAACUCCAGACACUAAUAUAAAACAUGAAUUAUCUAAAAACUUUAUGCUUCCUCCUAUCCCGUCACAAUUGACGGUGAUUAUGCACCAGGAGAAAAAAUGCAGCAGAAAUGAGGAGCCUCAAAUUACCCUACAGAAGAUUUCACAUCCAGGCUCAAAAGAUUCUUCAGCAAAUGAAGAUGAAGAACUUCUUUACCAGAAGUUUUUACCCAAACCAUCUGGAAGUGGAUCAACAGCUGGAUUUGAUGCUUCAAUACAGACUUUGCAUCAUUGUCCAUUUUGUGAUGAUACUUUUUCCAACUUUUCUCACUGCCAAACCCAUAUAAAAACUGUGCAUAAAAAUGAGUGUGAUCCAGAUCUGGUUGAGCGUACUUGUAGCUCAUGUCAUGUGGUCAUGCCAUCUAAAGAAGAUUUGAGAGAGCACAUUGUUACGAGUCAUGGAGAUACCAAUAAUAUUCCUCAAAAAAAUUCGAGUUCUUCAGAUGGUUGUCUAACUUCAGCAGAAGAAGAUUUUACCUCAAGCCAACAAAAAGAAGAUCUUAAUACUCCUGUGGAUUCUUUUAUGGAUUGCCAGUUAGCAGUGAUUAAGACAGAGCCUGAAGAUGUUGACAGUUCUCCAGAUAUGGAUUUGGUUCAAAAUGAAGAUUUAAGAGAUUUCCAUUCUGAUGUGCCCUCAGAAAGCCCGUCCAGAGUGGCUAUGCUAGAAGGGACCAAUAAGUCUUUAGCUAAUACAUUAAGCACUUCUGAUACAGAACUAGGAAAACAUGACAAAUCUGCUAAUGCAAUGAACACUUGUGGGCCUUCUGUCCAUAAGGAUGGUUCUGUUAGUUCAAUACAGGUAUCACAGCUCACUUGUACAGAAUCUGGUCCAAUUUCUAGCAGGUUCACCGAUGUAGAUUCACUUCCCAAAGAUUCAUCACUCUCAGUUGCUGUCUCUCAACCUUAUAAUAAGCCUCAUGUUGUCCAUUUGUGUUCUCCUGAGACUAGUCAUGAAGCUGCAUCAGGAAGCAUUACAGGAAGUUCAUCUGUUAGUUAUACUGCUCAUCCUUCUGUUGAUCAUACAGCAGCAACUACAUGUACUGUUUCUCAAGAGAAUGGCCAGUUUAUUCAAGAAUCUACAAGCUCAUCUAGUUCUUUUCCUCCAGGAAAAGUUGUUUCUCCUCCUGUACUUAAAACAGUGACUGUAUCACAAGGAAUUGUGGCCAUAUCCAUGCAGUCUUUGGCGAGUGUUUCUGUUGAACCAGUUUAUUCACGACCAGAUAAUAAUUUCAGUUCUGGAGAACCUAACCUAGCAUCAGACAAACAACAGUUUUCUGUAUAUUUAGGAGAAAAACAAACUGCUCAAGGUUUCUCACACUUCACGGGUAAAGAUGUAAGUCAGGUUCCCUCUAGAUCUCAGGACAUCACAAGUCCUGGGACUUCAGCUAAAAGUAAACCUGCUGCCAAGAGACCUGUACUUACAUGUGAAGUAUGUAACAAAACUUAUCGAUGUCGUAGUAGCUUUAAAAAGCAUGUGAAUGCUCACGCAGCUGCUGCUGCUGCUGCAUCUCUUAUAUGUAAGUACUGUGGCCAAACUUUCCAACAGAAAGAUAUUUUCUUUAGCCAUAUGCGAUUACAUGAACAAAAUGCAUUUAAUCAACCCCAGGGUGGUACAGUAAACUUGCCUUCAGGAGGAGUUAGUGAAUCUAACUUUCAAAGUGCUAUGUCAUCUGGUCGAGCUAAUUCAUACCCGUGGGACACCAGACAAAUGAAACCAGGGAUGGAGGUUUCAAGUAACAUGAUAAACCAGUAUGGUGUACCUAUGUCUACCAUACAUCUAUCAGAAGAUCAGGUUCCAUUUGUAACAAAAGAGAAGCAAAAACGAGUUAGUAAAAGAAAGAGGAAACCAAGCAGUCCAUUAGAAUCUGAUUGGAUGGAAUCAGGAAACUAUAAAAGACUUGCUUCCAACAACUUGUAUCCUUGGGCUGAGAACAAAUAUUAUCUUGAACCUGGUCCUGAUGGAUCUGCAGGCACACAAGAGUCUUGGACCUGUGAAAAUUGUAAUAUGGUGUUUCAAAAUUUGAAAUUAUUAGAAGAUCAUCAGAGACAUUGUAGUUUUCCUAGAAGAAAAAUUAAUUUUCACAAUUUUAGUGCUACAGAAGAAGAAAGAAAUAUCCCAUCCUUACCCAAAAUGACCAGAUCACCUGCAUACUUUCAACUUUUAAAGAAAGGAAUAACUUCAGGUCAGUUAAUAACAAACAAAAAUUCCAAGUGUUUGGUUUGUAAAAUUUGUUUUCGCUCAUUUUCAAAAAUUGAGAACUAUACUAGACACAAAAAAUUGCAUAAAUAUCGAUGUUUAGUGUAUGCUUGUCAGUACUGUGGACAGUUCUUUAGUAAAAGACCAUUAUUAGAGUUUCAUGAACAAAAGCAUCACGAAAUAAUGGGUGAUUCUAAUAGAUAUUGCUGUGUUUAUUGUGACCUACCAUUAAGAGAUAAAAAAACUUUGAAAGAACAUGUAACUGAGACACAUAGAGGUUUUAGAGUCCUUUUGUUCUCAAAUGUGAAACCAGAUUCUGGCUUGUCCAAAAUGUUCUGGUCUUCACCAAAAAAAUUAGCUGCUUUGAAAAACAGUAUGAAUAAACUUUCAAGUGCCCUGGAAACAUCAGUGUUUCCAGAUUUUCUGAAUAAUCGAAUUUGUCAAUGUUCUCAUUGUCUGAAAGAAUUCAACAGUGCCGAAGCAAUGUCUCGUCAUGUAUGUGUGAAACCUUCUCAUAUUCAGCAGCUUAGUCAAGGAAAUUUUUAUUGUGAUGUCUGUCAGCAGUUUUUUGCUACUCCAGAAGAGUUACAGAAGCAUGUUGAAUAUCGUCAUACCAAGGUUGACUUGUAUAGGUGUGAAGUUUGUGGGGUGUGGGGUCGCAAAGAAGAGAUGGAGCGCCACAUGUUGUCUCACAUGAGUAAGAUGGGAAGUUUUGUCUCCACAGAACAAAAUAAUACCCGCAUGGGAAAUAAUUUUCUUCUUGCAGCAACAAAUGUGGUAAGUAACAACAAAUCAACAUGUAUAUCUUCAAUGAGGAAAAAUCCUUCUGGGGAUCUCCAAAAGAAACAAGUACAAGAGCAGACCAUUUGUUCCUCUUCAACAUCUAAAAAGGGUAAAGCAAAAGUCAAACAUUCCCAGGCAAAGAAAAGUGUUAAGAUGCAUGAAGAAUUUGCACAUCGUCUUUAUUCUCAAGAAUCUCAACUCAAAUCGGUGAUGUUUUCUCAUACCAAUCAAAACCAAAGUGUCCAAAAGAAGUUACUAACAAGCAAUAUUCAAAGGCAACGUGUUGAGGCAAACAGCCUUUCCUGUGCUAAAAAUCAAAGUGAAAAUGGAAACAAAUUAUUUAAUAACAAAAUGUUGAAUAAAAAUGUUUGUGCACUUAAUCAGAAAAAUAUUUCUGUAGAGGAAAAAUUACGAAACACAACUCAUCCAAGUGAAGCUUUUGAGAAAUCUCGAAUACCACACCCAGGUCCUCAGAAUGAAGGCUUGAAAAGGAAUUUGUUACCAACUCUGAGUAGUCAAAUACAAAUUGUAGAAGUGAAUAACCUGCUUAAUCGAGGACUUCAGGGGAAAAUGCUGGAGAGGACAAGAGUAUCUAGUGAAGAUAAACAAAAUGAAAAUAUUGAUAAAAACCCCAGAUUUCUUAUUAACCAAAGUGAAAAUCCUGAUAGAAGUAAUUUGCCCAGUCCGAACAACCAAAGUGAAAAUCCUGAUAGAAUCCGAUUGUCUACCCAAAGUACCCAAGGUGAAAAUGCUGAGAAAAACAGGUUAUCUAGUCAAAAUACUCAAGGUGACAGUGUUGAUAGGACCAGAUUACUCAUCACACAAAAUGAAAAUUCUGAUGGAAACAGUGGGUAUAAUACCAACAUCCAAAGUGAAAAUUUAAAUAGAAAUAGGUCAUCUAACUUAUGCAAUUCAAAUGAGAAAACUGAUAGACUCAGCAUACCAAAUUCCAGCAACCAGAAUGAAAACCUGAAUAUAAUAAAAGUGUCUAAUUCAAACAAUCAAACUGAUACCUCACUUAAAAGUAGGUUAUUGAAUAUUAGCAGCCAGAGUGAGAAUCUAGAAAGAAGCAGAUGCCUUAGUAAUAACCAGAAUGAUCAUUCAAACAGAAGUGGACUCUCUAGCUUAGUUCACGAGGGUGAACAAUCUGAUAAAAGCAGUUUGUCUAGUCCUCUUAAUCAACAGGAAAAAAACAGGCUACAUAAUAUUAGCAGUGAAAUUGAAAUUUUUGAUGUGAGUAAAUUUCAAGGAAAAGGAAGCCAUAUGGAAAUUUUGGAAAUAAGUAGGUUACCCAAAGGAGAAAAUUUGGUGGAAAACUCUGAAAGCAGCUGUCCAUCUAGUUCCAGCAGUCAGAGUGAAAACUUAGAGAAAGAUUUUAUACCAAGCUGCAGCAAACAAAAUGAUAAUGUUGACAAAAUAUCCAUUCACAAUAGCCAGACAAAUAGUAUUGAAAUCAGUCAAUUACCUAUACAAACCACUAUAAAAAAUGACAAAGUGGUCAGUGGAGAUGGAAAGUUACCAUAUUAUAACAGAAAUAUUCAAUCAGAUGCUAAAAAGAUGUCGAAUUCCACCAAUCAGGGUGAAAGUUUAGAUCGAGGUGCAGAGUACUGCAUUACUUGUGAAGAAUUCAUUCCUUCUCAUCUUUUCUCAUAUCAUCUUCUCGAAAAACAUUGGGAUGGGGGUGAUCGAUCAGAUUUUCUGUUUGAUGCUCAUUCACUACCUGAUAAUGAAUGGCUAACAGAUAUUUCUGAAAAGGACCUUGGUCACUAUGAUGAACUUGGUGUUGAUGAACAUUUUGAAGGAGACACAGAAAAAAACUGCACCACACUGGAAGCAGAAUCAACCAGUGAGAAAUGAGAUUUGUAAUUAACAGUAAAAGUAAUCAGAAAUAAAACAUUUUUGUAAAAGUAUACAUAACUUAUAAGAAAAUGUAGGUUUGUGUGCUAUUCAUUUAUGUAUGUGAUGAACAUAACUAUUUUUCGUUUAAACUUGUAAAUAAAGUAAUCGUUUAACGGCAAAAAGUUUCUUAAAGAUUGUAGUAAGUGUUUAUGAUUUAGCCACACGAAUAUUUGUUAAAAGACGGUCUGAAAAGUAGCCUUUUUUGAAAAUACUGUUUAACACAAGUUUAUAUUUUAAUUCUGUUUCCUUAAACUUGUUUGUUUGUUUGUGAAUUUUUAUAAAAAGAUGUCAGUGCAUUAAGUAGCAUGCUGGCUCCAUAAAAUAUUCAUAAAACUUUUAACCUGAUUUUUUUAAGUGUUUUAGUAUAUUUUAGGAAAGAGGCAUCAAGCUUUCUGUUUUCUUAAGUGAACUGAUCUACAAUUUUAUAUUUUUACAAAUACAAUAUAAACUGUUCAAAUAGUUUCAUUUUUUUUUUUAUAGAGAUCAGUUGUGUUUAUCAGAGUAUUUGAACAGAAAAUCAUAACGUGACGAUAACUGUUACAUUCAAGCUUAUAAAAUAUGUUAAAACCUUUCUUUAUAUGAGGAAGGAACGCUUUUAAAAAAAAGACGCGCUGUAAUGGAGUUUUUGUUUGUUUGUAUGAUACAUUAACUUGUUUAGAUGUGAAAUGCUUUAGUACUGGGCAAAUGAUGUUAGUCUUGGGAUACAUGGACGUACAUAUAACGAUGUUAAAAUGUAAACUGAGUUUACUAUAUUUUGUAUGUUUGUGUAAUCCAUAAGAAGGUAAGACACAUCAGACUAAUACAAAAAGUUUAUAUACUUUCGGUAUAUAUGCAUAAUAUUUAUUAAAAUAUAUUAGUUCAUAAGCGAGUCACAAGGUCGUAAGUUAACAGGAAAUGUGGUUGAUUAUGUUUUGUACACGCUAUAAUGAAAAUGAAAUAUUAAUCCUUAGUUUUUAUUAUUGAUAAUAUGGUUUUAAUUUACAUUGAUAGUAUUUAACAACAUUCAACAUGAACUGAAAACCGUCUUCCAAUCGUUAAUAUCAACAGGAAGAUACAACAGUAGGAAUAAUGUUAGAAUACAUUAAAACAUGUCCUAACAAGGGAGUAUGUGUAACUUAGACGGAAGUAAUAUGCCACAUUUUUUUUUACAUGGUUACUCUAUCCAUGUUAUCUAAAUAUGUACUUCUUGGUUUUCAUAAUUAGUAACAGAGGCCUCGAGUAUGUGUGCGUUUUCACGAGUCUCACGUUUGACAUUCAAUUGCACGUUUUUGUGGUAGUAUUUUAUUCCGCUGCAACUUGAUAAUCAAAAUACACUAUCGUAAACCUUGUGAAUUGUAAAUGGUUACUUUGUAUUGUGGCACUCGCAUGGUCUCAUUUGUAACUAACCGGUUCUCAUGAAAAAUAAAAUCUUAAAUUUCUUGUUCA